UGUAUGUUGUUAUAUAAACAGCUGUCAAAAAAGUAAGGUGCAUUAUCGGAAUAUUUGCUAAAUCAAAAAGGGUGAAAUGGCAGCGAUAAUUAGGAGAAUAGGUUGUAGGGCAAUCAGCAAUUUCGCUGCAAAAAAUGUUACUGCUCCUAAAGCGGUGGGAGCCAUCCGAUUGUCCAGCACCACGCCUGCCCCUCCAGCAGAAGACAAACCUACUUUCCGCAAACCUAACGAAGCAGCUCGCUUAAAUUUAAGCAAUUUCGGACGAUAUGUAGCCGAAUGCCUUCCUAAAUAUGUGCAGAAGGUACAACUAACCGCAGGUGACGAACUUGAGGUUCUAAUUGCCCCGGAGGGCGUAGUUCCUGUACUGCAGUUUCUGAAGGAUAAUCAUUUAGCACAAUUCAGUAAUUUGGUGGAUAUUGCCGGUAUGGAUGUACCAAGCAGACAGUAUCGUUUCGAAGUCAUCUAUAAUCUCUUAUCGUUACGUUUCAAUUCACGUAUACGCGUUAAAACUUAUACUGAUGAGUUGACUCCACUGGAUUCGUGUAAUGAAGUCUUUAAGGCAGCAAAUUGGUAUGAACGUGAAAUUUGGGAUAUGUAUGGCGUGUUCUUUGCAAAUCAUCCCGAUUUACGCCGCAUAUUAACUGACUACGGUUUUGAGGGACACCCACAACGUCGUGAUUUUCCAUUAUCCGGCUAUGUCGAGUUGCGUUAUGAUGAUGAGAAAAAACGUGUGGUCUGUGAACCAUUAGAAUUGGCGCAGGAAUUCCGAAAAUUCGAUUUGUCAGCACCAUGGGAACAGUUUCCAAACUUCCGUAAUGCUAAUCCACCAGCCGAGACUGUAGAAACCAAGCAGGAGAAUCCUAAAAAAUAAACGAUACAUUUGAAAUGUAGCAUAGUUUAUAAAUUGUUGCGAUGUGCAGAAUUAAUGUACCCCAAAUAUAAUGGAAAAUAAUAUAUCGCUUCAACCAAUAAAA